AAUAGGACUCUCCUCUCCAAGUAGAGCGGCCGAAAAACCUUAACCUAGUCAGUAACCUUCGGCAUCUCUCUCGCGACAGUGAUGUCUGCUUCUCUCUCCGACCAACGGGUGAAUUCCGACAUCGGAGCCGCCGCAGAGAUGAAUCCUAUGGAGAAUCCGAAGCCGGAAGCUUCAGACACCAAUGACGACUUGUGUGUCGGAGACGGGAACACGCCUCUAGCCGAGGCGCGCCCAAGUUCGUUUGAAGAUUUGGGUUUGAGAGAGGAGCUGUUGAAAGCCUGCGAUAGGUUGGGAUGGAAGAACGCGACGCCGAUUCAAUCGGAAACUAUUCCUCAUGCUCUCCAAGGGAAAGAUGUGAUUGGACUUGCACAAACAGGUUCUGGCAAGACAGGAGCUUUUGCACUGCCCAUAUUGCAAGCACUCCUUGAGUAUGUCAACAAUGCUGAGCCUAAGAAAGGGCGUAGACCCGAUCCAGCAUUUUUCGCUUGUGUUCUAUCUCCAACUCGAGAGCUUGCUAUUCAGAUUGCUGAGCAGUUUGAAGCCCUUGGAUCUGAUAUAAGUCUUAGAUGUGCUGUGCUUGUUGGAGGUAUGGACAAGAUGCAACAAGCUAUUGUGCUUGGCAAACGGCCUCAUGUUAUUGUUGCUACACCUGGUCGUCUUUGGGAUCAUAUGACUGAUACAAAAGGCUUCUCUUUGAGGACAUUAAAAUAUCUGGUUCUAGAUGAAGCAGACAGGCUGCUAAAUGAGGAUUUUGAGAAAUCUCUGGACAUGAUUUUGGAUGAGAUCCCUCGUGAGCGGAAAACGUUUCUUUUUUCUGCUACGAUGACCAAAAAGGUUAAGAAGCUUCAAAGAGCAUGUCUAAAGAAUCCUGUGAAGAUUGAAGCCGACUCCAAGUACUCUACUGUUGAAUCUCUAAAGCAGCAGUAUCGGUUUAUCGCUGCUAAAUACAAGGACUGUUAUCUUGUGUACAUUCUGAGUGAAAUGUCUGGAUCCACGUCAAUGGUUUUCACUCGGACAUGUGAGAGUACUGGCUUCUUGGCUUCAAUGCUCCGGAGCCUUGGUUUUAGCGCCAUUCCAAUCAGUGGACAAAUGACUCAGUCGAAGAGACUUGGAGCCUUGAAUAAGUUCAAAGCUGGGGAAUGCAAAGUCCUUGUCUGUACUGAUGUGGCGAGUAGAGGGCUCGAUAUCCCGUCAGUCGAUGUGGUUAUUAAUUACGAUAUCCCCACAAAUUCAAAGGAUUACAUACACAGAGUUGGUAGAACUGCACGAGCUGGACGUUCAGGGGUAGCGAUAUCACUCGUGAACCAAUACGAGUUGGAGUGGUACUUGCAAAUAGAGAAACUCAUUGGCAAGAAGUUACCCGAGUAUCCAGCUGCAGAAGAGGAAGUGUUAUCGUUGUUGGAGAGAGUUGUUGAAGCCAAAAGACUGUCAGCAAUGAAAAUGAAAGGAACAGGAGGGAAGAAGAGAAGGGGAGGAGAUGAUGAGGAAGAGAGUGAUAGAAAAUUCAUUGGAACCAAAGGCAAGAAAACGUUCAAGAAGUCUAAGAGAUAGAAGAAGCUCUGUUUCUUCACAUCUCCCUGUCUCUCUGAUGAGAAGACACAGAUCUAAUACCCGUCAGAAUCUUUUUGUCGUAAUUUAUUUUCCAUUCCAUGUUUGUUCGAAUUCGUUUCCUACUUGUUAGAGAGAGAGACUGACGAUCGUUGUGUACAUACACGGCUGCAGUUUUGUCCAUUAGAAUAUAUAUGAUUUUAUUACAGUAAAA